AUGCGUCGAACUGUCGUCCACGCACCGCCGAAGCCUGUCACUGUAGCGUAUAAGGCAAGUGCAUCCGAGGAGUCUGUCUCCAUCUCCGAGUUUGUCCAACGCCGCUGUCCGAGUCUGGCAAGAGACUUUGUGCCCGCCUGGUGGCUUUUCAACGGUCAUCUUCAGACUCUUUACAGCGUUUUGGGCGACUUUACGAAAACAGACAAUGUCAUUUACCAGCGCACAUACCUACGUCUGCAAGACGGCGGUACUUUAGGUUUGGACUUCACAGGUCCUGACGAUACCCAGUGUGAAGCAGACGCGCCCAUGAUAGUGGUCUUGCAUGGCUUGACUGGAGGCUCUUACGAAUCAUACGUGAGAGCAAUCUUAGCGCCAGCCUGCUCACCCCUCAGUGAACAAGGUCUAGGCUAUCGGGCAGUUGUAGUGAACUUCCGAGGAUGCGCUGGAGUCCCACUAACGAGCCCCCAGCUUUACUCGGCGGGACAUACAGACGACAUCCGUCAGGCGUUGUUCUACAUCUCUCAGCGGUAUCCAACCGCUCCUUUGGUUGGCGUUGGGUUCUCUUUAGGUGCCAAUGUCAUGACGAGAUACGUCGCAGAGGAGGGUGAGCUCAGUCGACUAAGGUCCCUAUGUAUCUUAGGUUGUCCUUGGGACUUACAAGCAAAUACUGACAAACUCACAUCAACUUACCUCGGACAUCAUGUGUACUCAAAGGGCAUGGGACGGAACCUCGUGAACCUUUUACGCCGCCAUGUGGAUACGUUGUCCACUUACUCUGAUCGUGGAGUAGCGGAGGCAGCCGCCGCAACUAUGAAUAUGGUCAGGCCGACCAUAGAAGCGUUUGAUAGUCAUUUCACGCGGAUUGCGGGAGGCUCGUCGCCACCCUGGCCAUUCGCUACCGCGGGCGACUACUAUGCAUACGCAUCCAGCCACAAAGUCCUUGGCAAUGUUCAGAUACCAUUCUUAGCGAUCAACUCCGUCGACGACCCAGUGGUCCGUGAAAUACCUGUGGGUUCCGAGAGGAGCGGAUGGGUGACUAUCGCCGUUACUCCCCAAGGCGGCCAUCUUGGCUGGUUUGAAGCCAAUGACAAGUGGUUUGAGGUGAAGAGAUGGAUUCGGACACCAGUAAUGGAGUGGCUCAAGGCAACCGCAGAAGACCUUAUCUGCGUGACACCGUCGUGGCGGCCACUAUAUACCGACAAAGAUGGAUAUAUCAGAGAGGUCAACGGCAAUGCAGGUCUCGGUUGCAAGGAGGUAGAAGGAGGUGGUAUCAUCGUUGGAGCGGAGCCACAGCGUGAUGUACUCGCUGGCCUUUAA